AUGGCCUCCACGUUCUUCAACAAUAAGGCCCGCGCCGCUGCAGUUGCAGCAUCCAGCAGCUCCAAGGCCAAGGCUGGAGACGGCAAGGAAGAUACGACUCGCCAGCAGCCAUGGGUUGAGAAAUAUCGCCCGAAAUCUCUCGACGAUGUCGCCGCGCAAGACCACACCACGAAAGUCCUUCAGCGCACCUUACAAGCUUCCAAUCUUCCUCACAUGCUCUUCUACGGUCCCCCAGGAACGGGAAAAACCUCUACAAUCCUAGCGCUUGCCAAAUCACUCUUCGGCCCCGCCCUUUACCGUUCCCGCAUUCUCGAACUCAAUGCCUCCGAUGAGCGUGGCAUCGGAAUCGUCCGUGACAAAGUCAAGAAUUUUGCCCGUGCCCAGCUUUCUCAACCUACAGGCCUUGACGCCGCCUAUCGCGCGCAAUACCCGUGCCCGCCAUUCAAGAUCAUCAUUCUCGACGAGGCAGACAGCAUGACCCAAGAUGCACAGUCUGCGCUCCGUAGGACUAUGGAAACCUACAGUCGCAUUACCCGUUUUUGUCUGGUCUGCAACUACGUCACUCGCAUCAUUGAGCCGCUUGCUAGUCGUUGCAGUAAGUUCCGGUUCAAGUCGUUGGAUAAUUCGGCUGCUGGUGAACGACUGCAGGCAAUUGCGCUCGCAGAGAAUCUGAAGCUCGAUGAUGGCGUCAUUGAUACUCUGAUUCGUUGUGGUGAGGGUGAUCUCCGUCGUGCGAUUACCUAUAUGCAAAGUGCGGCGAGAUUGGUGGGUGCUGCGAAGGCGCCUACCAAGGACGCUGAUGAUGACGCCGAGAUGGCGGAUGCUGGAAGUGCUAGCACUCCAUCUAUUACUGUGCGCAGCAUUGAGGAGAUUGCCGGUGUAGUCCCGGAAAGUAUUCUAGACAGUCUUGUGCAGGCUAUGCAACCCAACAGCUCUGGAUCCGCGUAUGAAGCUGUCUCGAGUGUUGUGACAGAUCUGGUGGCGGAUGGAUGGAGUGCCACACAAGUAGUUGGACAAUUGUACCGAAGGAUUGUUUUUAACGAGGCCAUUCCAGAUCUUCAGAAGAACAAGAUUGUCAUUACCUUUUCAGAAUUGGACAAGCGACUUGUCGAUGGCGCAGAUGAGCACUUGUCCAUUCUGGAUUUGACACUGCGCAUCGCUGGCAUCUUACGCGGCUGA